GAGUGCGCCGCGGGCCUGGGCACGAGGGCAAGGGCGAGGGACGGGCACCGAAAAGGUAUCCCAAGCAUGCCGCCGGCACGGUCACGGCCCAACAUGCCUCCUCCAGACACCCCGAAAAAUCUGGGCGUCCAACGCUGACGCUGGCGCACCACUGCUGCCUAGCGAUCCCUAGCGAGCUGAAGAACGUGCAGAUGUUGCGGUGGCAGUGGCAGGCAUGACUGGCGUCCCGAAUGAGAUAUAAACCCCGCUCGAGACCGUCGAGAAAGGCCAUCACCAUCUCAAUCUCGGACUACCACACCACCGCUUGACGCGCCACAGUUCUCUACACACCAAGCUCUACAGCACCCACCACCAACCAACAACCAACAUGUUCGCUCUUGUCUUCGCUACCCUCGCGGCUCUUGCCACCGCCGCCCCCAUCUGCGCUCCCGCCGCCGAGCAGUCGCAGGCCGCUGCUCCCGCCCCCGUGCUCGCUGCCACCGACGGCAACACCACCACCUCGAGCACCACCGGCUCCUCUACUGGUGACGCCACGUACUACGCCGUCGGCCUCGGCGCGUGCGGCUGGACCAACACCGACUCGGAGAUGGUCGUCGCCAUGAACGCCCCCGACUGGGCUGCCGGCAAGCACUGCGGGCAGUACGUCCAGAUCACCGGCCCCGCCGGCACUGCGACCGCCAAGGUCGUCGACCUCUGCCCCGGCUGCGCCUCGGGCGACCUCGACAUGUCCCCCGUCCUCUUCGAGGCCGUCAUCGGCGACAAGGGUAUCGGCCGCGCCAAGAUGGACUGGAGCUUCACCGGCCAGGUCGACUCGGCCGCCGCCCCCAACGCCCACGCCCUCGCUGGCCUCCAGUAAGCGCUGAGCGCUUAAUCGACCGCUGGACGAGUCACUUUCGCGCUGGACGCACCGCGCAGGACGCAUAGCGCUGGACGCAUAUUUCGCAUCUCACCCGGCCCCGAGGGCCUAUCUCUUCAUCAUUGCACUUCUCACCAGGCAUUAGAAACUAGACGCGCAGAGCGCACACCACACUCGUUGUACCCAUGCAUUUAUAAGUGUAUCGCACGAUAUUUGGUGACUGGAGGCGGUGGGUGGAAACGGUGGAAACCGGGUGCACUGACACUUACUUCAAGUGAUUUCACGCGGAGGAGUGGACAGCCGAGGCAGGGGACUCCCGUGGUGGGCGUGAUCCGCAAAUAGAUCAGACCACUGCUCACCAAGACGAGGGAUGUGACUACAAUACACCGUCUCGGAAUUGAUAUGUGUUUCCCUUGUUUUGUUG